AUGAAGGAAACCUUAACAUUUCUAGCAAUUGUGUGUAUGUGGAGUAGUGUGUCUGCAAGAUGUUCUUCUCGUGGUGAAUGCGCUAUAAUCGGUGGUCGUGUGAAACCAUGUCCCGUGGAUGAAGAACCCAAACCAAUUUUUGACAAUCUUCCAACUGACGAAAAAUUGGAAUUACGUGAAAUUAUUGAGCGAAGGUGUCCUCAUCUUUUAUACGAUGAAGAUGGUAAUAGACUCCCAGAUAAUCGAGUGUUGACUUGUUGUGACCCCAUCCAAGUAUAUACGUUUUCUGACAGCUUAAACAUGGCUGAUAGUGUACUCGCCCGCUGUCCGGUUUGCUUGAGGAACUUCAUUCGACAAAUUUGUGAAAUGAACUGCUCUCCCGAUCAGGCAAGAUUUGUUAAUGUUACUACAGAUGUUACUGCUGAUAACAUUACUUAUGUGGAAGAAAUAAACUAUAGACUUCAUCAUGAUUUUAUGAUUAAUGCCCACAAAUCUUGUUCCGGAGUAAUGGUGCCUCAAUCAGGUAUGCCAGCGAUAAACUUAAUGUGUGGAAAUGCACCCGUCUGCGAUGCAGAUGCCUGGUUCGGCUAUACAGGUGACACAACAAACAAUCCGUUUGUAGAUGUGCAGGUUAAUUUUAUAAGAGUUCAUACAACAGAAGACUCUAUGAACGUAAAUGCUCCUUUAUGUAAUGAAACUUUUGAAGGUGAUAUACCAUGCAGUUGUUUAGAUUGUGCUGCCAACUGUCCUACUAGUGAAAUCGAGGUUCCAUCUAUGUGCACAGUACUUUCAGUUAAUUGUAUAAGUUUUUCAGUGGGCAUUACGUUCUUUGUAAUUAGUGUCAUUGUAUUUAUUAUUUUAACAUUAUUAGAAGUGAGACGAAAAAGACGAUCAUCAGGAGAUACUAAAAACAUUGAAGAAAAAGAUAACACUAACACUAUCACAAAAUUUUUUCAAAGUGUAUUUGAAAAAAUCGGCGAAUGUAGCGCUUCUAAUCCAAUUAUGAUGAUUAUGGUCACGUCUUGGGUUGUAUUUGCUAUGGUAUAUGGCGUUGUCAAUUUAAAGCUAACGGCAAACCCAUUAGAGUUAUGGUCAGAUCCUGAUUCACUUUCUCGUCAAGAACUUAAUUAUUUUAAUUCAAGAUUUGGACCAUUUUAUAGAGCUGCUCAAGUUUAUUUAACAAUGAAAGGUUUGGAACCAUUUCAAGUGGACAAUGUUACAUAUGGCCCAGCCUUUAGAUUGGAAGCUAUACAAGAAUUAAUAAAAUUAGAGGAUGCAAUUUUAAAUAUUGGGCGUGACGACGGAACCGUGAAAUUAGAAAAUGUAUGCUAUGCACCUCUACGACAAUACGGGGAUGAAGAAAAAUUAGAAGAUUGCGUUUCUAUGUCUGCAUCAGCUUACUUUCCUGACAGAGUAGUAAAUAACAAUACAUAUUUGAGAAACAUACAGAAUUGCUUAAAUAAUUAUCUGUCACCAAUUUGCUUACAACCUUGGGGUGGCGGAGCUGAUCCAGAAAUGAGUUUUGGAGGAUUCGAAAAUGGUAAUAUUUUGGGCGCUGAAUCACUCAUUAUUAACUAUCCAAUAACUAAUCAUUUAAGUGAAGACGACUUAGAACCUGUUUUAGAGUGGGAAUUAAAAUUUUUGAAUCUACUAGAUGAUUAUGAGCGAAAUUGGAAAGCAGAUUUUGUUGAAGUCGCAUAUGGCGCUGAAAGGUCUAUUGAAGAUGAAAUUCAGAGGAUAUCGGAAGCGGAAAUAGUACCUAUUGCUAUUAGUUAUUUACUAAUGUUUAUUUACGUAAUUCUUGCCCUUGGAAACAUAAGACGAUGUGGAACCUUUUUACUCGAUAGCAAAAUUACGGUAGCUAUUGGUAGUAUUUUAGUUGUUCUAGCCGCAUUGUUUUGUGCAAUGGGAGUAUUAGGCUAUAUAAAAGUAACAAUUACCCUGCUGGCUAUAAAUGUAAUACCAUUUUUCGUUCUAUCGAUAGGAAUAGAUAAUGUAUUUUUAAUGGUAAAUUCUAUACAUCGCAUACAAUCUAAUCUUGAUAAGUACAGUGAUUAUAAGGAAGGAAUGAGUUUUGAUAAAAAGCGACGGUUUAUAUUCGGUAAGAUGAUGAAAAGUGAAGGACCAUCUAUGUUUGUGUCUUCUAUAACGCAGGUCACGUGCUUCGCUGUAGGGACUAUUGCAAAUUUUCCAGCUGUUAGGUCUUUUGCUAUAUUUGCAACUAUUUCUUUGGCAUUUUUGUUUAUAUUUCAAAUAACCACGGUUGUUGCCAUUUUAUCACUCGAUUACAAACGAGGCGCUCAAAAUAGAUUGGAUCUUUUCUGUUGUGUUCAGAAGAAAGUACUUAAUGAUGAAGAACCACUCCAUUCAGAGAUCGCUUAUGAAGGUAUUACGCAAAAGCUAAUGGAGCCUUAUUCAAAGUUUAUAUUAAAUUGGCGUGUUAAAAUUAUUGUUGCCAUCAUUUUUCUAGCAUUUAUGUCAAUAUGUUGUAUUUUGAUUCCAAGUCUGGACAUAGGAUUAGAUCAAAAACUUGCAGUUCCACAAGAUUCUUAUGUAUACAAAUAUCUGGACGCCGUUGACAAUAUAUUGCCUAUAGGGCCCCCAGUGUUUUUUGUGUUAAAAAGUGGCUUGAAUUUUACAAAUCCUGAGCAUCAAAACGUAAUUUGUGGUGGUCAGUUAUGUAAUGAUGAUUCUUUAACUAUGCAAAUAUUUUUGGCUGUACAACAAAAAGAAAUAACAUAUUUAGCUAGAAUAUCAAAUUCAUGGUUAGAUGACUUUUUCGAUUGGUCUUCUUUGCCAGAUUCUUGUUGUAAGUAUAACAGGACCGAUGGUAGUUUUUGUUCGAGCGUGUCGAAUGACCCCGAGUGUGAAUAUUGUAACAUCCCACAAGGUGAAUUUGCCAACGGAUUAAGGCCAAGUAUUGAAGCAUUCCACUACUAUAUACCAUUUUUCUUGCAAGACUCGCCAACAGAAACAUGCAAUAAAGGUGGGUUAGCUAGUUAUUAUUCAAAUGUAAAUUAUGUUCUUGAUUCAGAAGGUCGCUCGACUGUUCACGAUUCUAACUUUAUGGCCUAUCACACUAAUUUAAGAACAUCGUAUGACUAUAUAACUGCAGUUAAGUAUGCUUAUGAAGUCAGCGAAAAUAUCACGGCUGCUAUACAACGUCAUACAGGUUUAGACGUAGAAGUUUUUCCAUAUUCGGUAUUUUAUGUCUACUUCACCCAAUAUUUGACCGUAUGGGAAGAUACGUUUUCAUCACUUGCUUACUGUGUUUUAGGAGCUUUAUUAAUAAAUAUAGUAGUCACCGGGUUCAACUUUACCAUCACCUUGGCCACAAUAUUCACAUGUAUCAUGGUCGUUGUAGAUAUGAUGGGCAUAAUGUACAUGUGGAAUAUACAGCUGAACGCUGUUUCGUGUGUCAAUCUGAUCGUUUCGAUUGGUAUAACCGUAGAGUUUUGCAGUCAUCUCGCCUAUGCUUAUGCUACUAGUAGUCGCCCUGCAAAUGAAAGGGUUGCAGAUGCAAUCAAAAAAGUAGGGGCAAUCAUUAUUACGGGCAUUACUUUUACUAAUAUUCCCAUAGUUGUUUUAGCUUUCUCAUACACAGAAAUUAUAGAAAUUUUCUUCUUUAGAAUGUUAUUCACUAUGGUUAUUUUAGGUUGCCUUCACGGCAUGGUAUUUUUCCCAGUCUUAUUAAGUUAUUUAAAUGACUUUAAA